GUCAAGACCAUCCGCCAUGCCCCCCAAGAAAGUCAAGGCCCCCAAGGAAGAAGCCGCCGUCCAGCUCGGCCCUCAGGUCGCUGAUGGCGAGCUCGUCUUCGGCGUUGCCCACAUCUUCGCCUCUUUCAACGACACCUUCGUCCAUGUUACCGAUCUUUCUGGUCGUGAGACCAUCACCCGUGUCACUGGCGGCAUGAAGGUCAAGGCCGAUCGUGAUGAGUCUUCCCCCUACGCUGCCAUGUUGGCUGCCCAGGACGUUGCUGCCCGAUGCCGCGAAGUCGGUAUCACUGCCCUCCACAUCAAGCUCCGUGCUACCGGUGGAACUGGCACCAAGACCCCCGGCCCCGGUGCCCAGAGCGCUCUCCGUGCUUUGGCUCGUGCUGGUAUGCGCAUUGGACGAAUUGAGGACGUCACCCCCGUCCCCACCGACUCUACCAGGCGCAAGGGUGGUCGCCGUGGACGUCGUCUGUGAUCGCAUUCGCGUCGCACAUCAAAA